UCCCUCCUCCUCCUCGUCGUCUCGGGCAGGCGGUGGUGGCGGCUGUUGCGGGGCCGCGCGGAGACUUCAGCUCCCGCUCGCCAGCGCCGCGCAGGCCGCACUCAUAGCCCGGAUAUGGCUCGUGGACAGCAAAAGAUUCAAUCGCAGCAGAAAAAUGCCAAAAAGCAAGCUGAGCAGAAAAAGAAACAAGGACAUGAUCAGAAGGCUGCAGCCAAGGCUGCCUUGAUAUAUACCUGCACUGUCUGUAGGACACAAAUGCCGGAUCCCAAGACCUUCAAACAGCACUUUGAAAGCAAGCAUCCUAAGACUCCACUUCCUCCAGAAUUGGCUGAUGUUCAGGCAUAAGGUUGUCUACAGGUGAAAUCAUGGCACCUAUUGACUCUUCUACUGUCAGACCUUACAUAACAAACCUGCAGCUGCUUUUCUAAAACUGUUGAUCAGCAAAAAUGAAGGGGCUACAGAAACAUUCAUAUUUUUAUGCUGUUCCCUCUUGGGCUUCAUGCAAAGACAAUUCUGUGUAAAUGUACAGUUGUGCCCUAUUUGGAAAUCCUGAAAAAUCAGUCCAUACUUGUUAUAAAAAAUUUUUUACAAUUGUAAUUAUAUUGAUGUUCAUAUUGUGUAAAAUAACUCAUUUAAUAAAGUAGUACUUUGAUUUUACAGUAUCACAGAUUAAAUCCUUGUAGAAGUUCUGUUUCAACUUCCUAUAUUAUCUGCCUUAUCAUAAAAAAGACAAAGUGGAAUUUUCCCCAUCCUGCCAAAACAUGAGCAGUAUCAUUCCACUAAAAGUAAUGUACAUUACAGUAAACUAAUCUUAAGUAAAAAGGGAAGCUGCUCAGAUUUACUGUUCAGUGUGCUGCCUGCUUGGGCCUGGUCACUAGUGGUCAAGUUGUUGGCUCAAAGCACAACAGACUCCCUGGAAGCUGUAUUACAGUACUGAGACUUCCUUCUGCAUUUUUUAAUCCUGUGUAUUGGAGUCUAAUACUGCAAGCCAUUUCAAAUGGAAUUCUUUUACUGUGAGGAAUCAUGUUCCUUGAAUUCAUGCACUGGAGAGACUCUGGUUAUAUCUGUUACCCGUAAUAUUUGGUAGAUGGCUGAGGAAGCGGAGAGGUGUCAGGAUUGAAUGCUAUCGGUAGCCAGAGCUUGAAAUAUACUUGGCUAAAGAAACUCUGCUCUUCGUUGAAAAUUUUUAUUUGAAAAGAUUUUUAAUGCUAUUUUGAGCAGUUAAGCACACAUGAUCCCCCUCAAAUGCAGCUGGUUAUUUCAGUAGCAACUCUUCAAGGAAUAUGCAAAAUAGCCAGCCAUUAAUAACCUUUCUUCACAACCAGCUUAAAAUAAGCCUGUUGGAAAAAAGCCCAAAUAACUAAAAUAAUAUGGCUGCUUUAAGAAAUGAGAUGUUACUGAAGUUGCAUUGACAGGGAAAAGCUGGAUAAUAUCUCCAUGUCCAAGAACAUUUGAGCAACUAACCAUAAUUACUCCUAAAGUGUUCAGGGCACAGUUCUAAUCCCAGGUGUACAGCACAGAAGUAGUGGAGAAGCAUUUGAAUUGUGCUAGUAGGUCUGCUAUGCAGAUUUCCAUCUUUGGCAUUUGGAGGGGGCUUAUUUAAGAGCUUUAUGUUUGAUCUUGCAGUAGGAAGCAAUACAAAAGAAUUGCUGUGAUUGCAUGAUAACUGAGGUUACAAUGGAUGUAAAAAUUCUGGCAAUCCAGGUAACCCUUGAUAUGCAGCAGGACUACAUCUGACUUUCAAAUGGCUUCCUAAAAUCUAGGACCAUAGUCUCCAAAGACUCAUUCACUUAAAAGAAUGCACUUGGUAUUUUAUUAUAUAAAGUCAAAGCCUUCAUGUUCUUCCACUCAUUUGCUCCUUAUUGAACUACUGUGAGACUAGCUUCCUGUCCUCUUUGCUGUGACAGAAUCUCUGUAAAUACUUAAUUUGGCAUAAAAUUUCUCUGUAUUAUAGUCACUCCAGGAUAACCUGUAUCUCGCUUAACUUUUAUAAAUACAACAUUGUUCUCCUCCGAGAGUAAUCCACUACUGCACUUGUACACCUGACAUCAGAAUGUAACGCUUCAUUUAUUUCUUUUUAAUGUUACCAAUACAUACAUCCUGACAAACUGACUCCCACAAGGCAAGAAAUCUGUUCUCGACCUUUGUGCUGUGUGUGGGAGAGAUCCUUAAAUGUUCUGAUGCUGUAGUUUGUCUAAAAAUACGCUGAGUGCAAAUGGAUAAAGAUGUUUCUUGCACUGAUUGGUAUUGGGUAAAUCUGGUUUUACUCUGGAAAAUCAUCUGGGAUAUAUCCCUAUAUCUUGGUUCUGAGGUGAAAUACAUGUUCUAUUCCUUCAGACUGUGUAGCAUUAAAUAAAAAGGGGUUUUUUUCAUGAACAA